AUGACUGUCACAUACUCAGAGGGCCCCGCAAUGCUUGGUCUUGAAUGCCAUAGGAACCUGUCAGUUGGUCGGCACAAUUCUCCUCAUCUGAAACCGAACGGCAAGUCUUCUGGUCGGACGCAUACUCCAGUCGAGGAGGUGUCGAGUUUGCAGACAGGCCAAGCCUCUUCUGGUUUCUCCGGGCUCAAGGCUGACGAAGUGGUUUUCGAGCGAGGCUCGAACGAACGUCCGCUCUUUGGGAUUGGUACGCCUCCGAAUCCGCCCUCCAGCCUCGCCUGCCCUUCGGCUCACCAGACCACCUCUGCUUCACGACCGUUGGCCGGUCAAUUGUCCACAACGGAGGACAAUCGAUGGUCCUUCCUUCCUCUGGAGGUUGGUUCCGCCCGGCUUGAGCACGGCUCGACGCCGCGAUCAACCGUGACGUCGUCACAACAGCACAUCCCAAUACGGCCUCUUCAACCUCUGCGUCAGUUGACCACUCUGGCUCCAUCGAGAGCUGGGCCAUCCAGGCGUUGGCCGGGUCGCAGCGAAUCAUCUCGCCUCUUGCCCUCCAGACGGCCCGACGGACUGGGCGGUCUGGUUACGGGUACCAUGGUCACGGAGGCAUCCGACCGAGGCGGUGAUGACCCACCGGCCUGUGGUCAACCUUUGAAGACGGGGCAGCAGACAGCACUUCAUCGGUGGAGCAGAACGGUUUCUCAACUGAUACAGAAGCGUCUCGUCUGUCGAGCUUUCGAGGCCUACGAGAGUAUGAUCUGCCCCCCGAACCGUAAGGUGACUAAGGGCCAAAUCAGUCCGAGAAGAGAUCCUUCUGCCAGAUAUGCUCGGCCCCAAGUCGACCAGAGAGCCGGAACUGUAGCUACCAUGCCACCUACUGGGUCAACAACCUGUUCAGCCAUCAAGCCACCAACUCCAAAAGGUUUGUCGUGUAGUCCUCUUGGCAACCUUGUGAACCAAGAUCGGAUGUAG